UUUUGUACUUGUGGUUAAGUGGUUUAAUUUUACGAUUUUUUUCGAUUUUUGCAGAUUUUUGCACAUUUUUGUUCCAGAUUUUUUUCUUAUAUAAUUUUUAGAAGUUGAGCAUGUCUGAUCUUCCAGAAAAUUCAAUGCCCUUAGGCAAUUUAAGUAAUUUGGCUGAAUUCCAUCCAAUUUUGUUAAAACACUUUAAUGGCUUGCCUAUAAUGAAUGUAGCUGUUGAAAUGGCUAAAGAAUUGGAUAAAUUGGCAAAUGGAAAGAGUGAAGAAAUCCCUUCAAAAGAAUCUCUAAAUUCGCUUCGUUUAAAUAUUUAUCGAUUAGAACGCCUUUGUGAUUCCUGGUUAAAUACUGGACAUUACUCCAAUGUGCCUGAUCGUUUGCGUUUAUUUUAUUCUUUUUUGUGUGCACUUAUGGCUAAAGUGGAUUUUUUACGUGAAGAUUAUUUGUCCUCUUUACGUUUCUGUGAUGAAGGAUUACUUAAAGGCCAUGAUUUGGAGGAUGAGAGCCUUUCAGAAUUUGCUUCCCACCUUUGCCGUUAUUUUCUCCCUCCACCGCCUGAAUUAUUUACACAAAAUAAUCAAAAGGUUUUUCUUUUAUUUUUAAUAUUUUUUAAAAAAUUUUUUCAUUGGUUUUUUGGGUUGUCCGCAAAUUUUUUUGUCCGCAAAUUUUAUACUGCUUUCUAGCCUGAAUGUUUAUUUUCUGAAGUGGUUCUUAUGUAAGGGUCUGUCGACCUUCCCGAAAUCUAAGACCCAGAAUUUUUCGAUCCG